AUGUCCAAAUCCCUGCGGACUCUCUCCGUCCUCACUCGUCCAUCCAGCUUCUCUCGCCCUCUUACACGCUCCCAACACUCUUUACUGCGGCAUAAUGGUGACACCACGAUACAGCCAGUGCGAUUCAAGAGCAACCUCCGAAGGCAUUCGAAGAGGCUCUUCUACCAGAUCGCCAUUGUCUCAGCGGUGAGCUACUAUCAAUUGAGAUAUGUGGAUGUCGAAGAAGAAGAGACGGUGGACAAGGCUGGCGCCCCCUCCAAGAUGCAACCAGAAGAUGGCGAUAAAGCAAAGGACGGCGCACGAGAAGAUGGCAAGGUUGAUGAAGACGACGUCCAAGUCCCUGAAACUAUGCCAGAAGACGCAUUCUUUGUUCCAUUAGGGUUUGUUCGCCAACGUCCGCAUACGCACUAUAAAGCUAGCGAUCCGGAAUGGCAGAGCUUUGUGGAGUUCGGAAGGGAUCGUGAAAGACCAACGGCGGUUCGAAGGGAAUUGGCAGACACCGUCUGUUCUAGUUUCGCUGGCCACAAAGUCUUACAGAGACAAAUUGGGGUACCCAUGAAAUUGGGGAGGGUCUGGCUGGACAUCGUUUACCCAGAUGGCCCAGCACCAGAGUAUGAUCGAUCAGGCUUGGAGAUCGCUGAUGACUACAUUGCAUGGACCACUAGACCAGUCUCUGCUUUGCAAGUAGCUCGUCUAAAUUCAGCGCUCAAGCCUUUACCAGCCGUAAAAUCGUUGUGGGCAAGUUACAGUACCUACUGCUCUUUGCAACUAGCCAGGCUCAAACAAUUUCUCAACAUUGGCCCGACAUCAUCAAAUACCAGCCCGCAAUUACCUGUGGGGGCCGUAACAGUUGAUCAGCUUCGGGAGAACAGCUCGAAACAGGAGACUCAAAAUCGUGCCCAAAUGGACAAGAUGUCUGACCCUAAGUCCGAUGUGGGUAGCACCAAGGGCUCGGCAAAGUUAACAUCCUCGGACGGUUCCAAAAUAUACGGAUCGCUGCCAUCUUUACUACAACCAGAUUCAGAUAUAGGUCCUGCUAUAAUGGAGUUCAAGCGGACCCUAGCAAAGAAUUGGCAUCCUCCUGGUGCAUUUGGAGAACGAGGGACUUUCGUCGUUCGCGGGGAUGUUGAGCUGAAAGGACCGAAAGGCUCCUGUGUUUUCGAAGUUGUGGCUGACUAUCAUCCUCAAGAGGCAAGGUAUAAGACAGUGAGGGCAGGCCUCAAAUACUCCUUGCGCAACCGGGUACGCCCAAGGCCACUUCCUGAGCCGAAGAAGAGCAGCUCUUGA